AAACUAUAGCUUCUCAUUUCCCUUGUUUGGCUAGCUUGCUCAGCUCUUUCCUUCGCCCGUCCGCCAUUAAAGCCCUCUUCUUAGCUUCCUUCUUCUUCCAUCUCCAUCACCAGCUACUUAGCUUGCACCAACAAAAUCUCUCUGAAAUUGAAGCUUAGCUUCCAUCUAUCAUCAAUGGCUUGCUUAGAAGUCUCCAAGAAGGCGUCGGGGAUGAAUGGUGAUGAUCGUGAAGGAGAGAGAACUAAGGAUGGAUCGGUGGACAUGCAUGGCCGGCCGGCUAUCCGUGACCGGACCGGAAAAUGGUUCGCCGGAAUGAUCAUUCUGCUGAAUCAAGGUCUAGCUACUCUGGCAUUCUUUGGUGUUGGGGUAAACUUGGUUCUCUUCCUGACUAGAGUGAUGGGAGAGAAAAAUGCUGAUGCAGCCAACAGUGUGAGCAAAUGGACUGGUACUGUUUACAUAUUCUCCCUGCUUGGUGCAUUUCUCAGUGAUUCAUACUGGGGAAGAUACAAAACCUGUGCCAUUUUCCAGGUCAUCUAUGUCAUUGGAUUGAUGUUAUUAUCUGUGACAUCUCAAUUCUACUUGUUGAAACCAAAAGGCUGUGGGGAUAAAGAAACCCAGUGUGGCUCCCAUUCAAGCUGGGUAAUUGGUAUGUUCUAUGUCUCAAUCUACUUGGUGGCUCUGGGAAAUGGAGGAUACCAGCCAAACAUUGCUACAUUUGGGGCAGAUCAAUUCGACGAUGAGAAUUCGAGAGAGAAACACUCGAAAGUGGCGUUUUUCAGCUACUUCUACCUGGCCCUCAACCUUGGUUCACUCUUCUCCAACACCAUACUGGACUACUUUGAGGAUGAAGGGUUGUGGGCUCUGGGAUUUUGGGCUUCUACUGCUUCAGCUUUUGCUGCACUGGUGCUGUUUCUAGCAGGGACAACAAGGUACAGACACUUCAAGCCUAAUGGCAAUCCCCUUUCCAGAUUUUGCCAAGUCGUCGUUGCCGCUUCAAAGAAGUGGAAGGUGCAGAUUCCUAGUGAAGAAGAAGAAUUUUAUGAAGGUGAUGAUGAAAAUGAGAAUUCAAGAAAGAUGCUCCACACUGAAGGUUUCAGAUUCUUGGAUCGGGCAUCUGUGAUAACAUCAAAGGAAAUUGAGAGGAAGAAGCAGAGCCCAUGGGGCCUCUGCCCAAUCUCCCAAGUGGAAGAGGUGAAAUGCAUUCUGAGGCUACUACCCAUCUGGCUAUGCACCAUAAUCUACUCCGUGGUUUUCACCCAAAUGGCCUCCCUGUUCGUGGAGCAAGGCGACGCCAUGGAAACAAAGGUGGCAAACUUCAGAAUCCCAGCAGCAAGCAUGUCGAGCUUUGACAUCUGCAGCGUGGCGGUGUGCAUCUUCCUAUACAGAAGACUUCUAGAUCCACUGGUGGGCAGGAUAAAGAGGAGCACCAAAGGCGAACCCGAAGCCAACAACGAGACGAAUGGCGGGAUAACGCAGCUGGAGAGGAUGGGCGUGGGGCUGAUCAUCGCCGUGAUGGCAAUGCUGGCAGCCGGGAUGGUCGAAUGCUACAGACUCAAAUACGCCAUUAAAGAAUGCAGCAACUGCGAAGGGUCCAGCUCCUUGAGCAUUCUGUGGCAAAUCCCACAGUAUGCACUGAUAGGAGCUUCGGAAGUGUUCAUGUACGUGGGGCAGCUCGAGUUCUUCAACGGGCAGGCCCCCGACGGGCUCAAAAGCUUCGGCAGCGCCCUCUGCAUGACCUCCAUAUCUCUGGGGAACUACGUUAGCAGCUUACUAGUGAGCAUUGUGAUGAAAUUCUCUGCAAAAGACAGGAUGCCCGGGUGGAUUCCUGGGAACCUUAACAGGGGCCAUCUCGACAGGUUUUACUUCCUCUUAGCGGGUCUCACUUUGAUGGAUUUGGUGGCGUAUAUUAUGUGUGCUAAGUGGUACAAGAGUGCCAGGCUAGGAGACAAGUUUGAAGAGGAUGAUGAGGAGAAAGGUAGUGAGGUAGCUUGAGCUUUUGCGUUGCCAUGCCCAAACAAAUUUUAGCUAGCUAGCUAGGCUUCUUAUAUUGUGCCCGAUCGAUCCCCUAUGAAUAAGAGGAGACAUUUUAUUGGUGUCUCUGAAUCUUUUGUACAGAACGAACUCCAUCUCUUGCUUCCUUUCUCACUGCCAUCUGUAUGUUAUACUGAGAUUCCACCAUCAGUCCAAGAAAUGAAUUCGUAGAUUUGUUUCA